AUGGGCCCUGAGAAAGGUGGCACCUGCGCGGGGCGGCUUGGCCAGGGUAGGACAUUCUUCCUGUUCUUAUCUUCGACGACUUCUUCGACUCUCGGGGGCUGCUAUACCGUAGGCGUGCUCGUAAUGGACGAUGCCAGACAGCAGAGUCUGCUUCCAGCAAUCCGUGUGGCGUCUCACAGUAGCAUUACCAACUCGCGUUGCAGCGUUGCACAGUCGGUGGUCGUCGUCGACACUCAUGGCAAGAUCAUGCAUCUUUCUCAAUAUGUGUUCCCUGCAGCUAUUCUAUCGACAGGCGUCGAUGCCUUCUAUCCUUACAUACGCUCUUCAGGCUCAUCUUCGUCAUUAACCAGCCGGCUUGUCAAUCGAUUCUAUCCCUAUCGCUUGGGGAGUUCUGCAAACGAUGAUUCGCUUUUGACCCUGCCGCUCAAGAGGCGCCCGACAUUGAGUCGCCGAGCAUACAACUAUCCUGUUGACAUGGGAAGCCCAGCAACUACUCCGAACAGUGUAACAGUCGACGAGGACGGCAAUGACUUCUCUUACUUCUUUUCGAUGGACUUUGGCUCAAGCAAUGAAUCGAUGUGGAUGUUGUUUGAUACGGGCGGCACUAAUACCUGGGUAUUCGGUACGAAUUGCACAGUCGAAGCCUGUGAAUUGCACCAUACCUUUGGUCAGGAUAAUUCAACAACCUUGAAGAUGUCUGGUGAUACAUUUAGUGUCGGUUACGGAUCCGGAACAGUGUCCGGUCUUUCGGGCACCGACAGAGUCAAAAUUGCCAACUUCAGCUUGGAACUCACAUUUGGUCUCGCCAACAAUGCGUCUAGCGAUUUCGUGAAUUACCCCAUGGACGGCAUCCUAGGAUUAGGGCGCUCGAAUUCGACUACGAUAGGAACAUCGACAGUUAUGGAGACCAUAGCCAAAGACCACCUUUUACAAUCGAACAUCGUCGCAGUCAGUUUGCAGAGAGCGGUCGAUAACACCACGGACGGGGAACUCACCUUCGGCGGUGUGGAUACCACGAAAUUUGAGGGUAGCAUCUCAUAUACCAGCACGAGCACGAGCACAGAUCGGUGGGAGAUACCCCUGGAUGAUGCUGUCGUUGGCGGAACUCCACUCAACUUCACUGGCAAAUCGGCUAUCAUCGAUACUGGAACAACGUACAUUUUUCUUCCCCCAAACGACGCUAGCGCUCUACACGCGUUGAUUCCUGGAUCGACAGCUGCAGGUGACAAUUUCGAGAUCCCAUGCUCGACCAAUACGACUGUGCAAUUCACGUUCUCGGGGGUAUCGUACAGUGUGUCAUCUCAGGAUUACGUUGGUUCGGCAACAAACAGCUCUGGGACGACUUGCUACUCAAAUAUCAUUGGCGUUCAAACACUAGGUCCCGAUGAUUGGCUUUUGGGUGAUACUUUCAUGAAAAAUGUGUACAGCGUUUUUGAUUUUGAUCAAAACCGAAUUGGCUUUGCUUCCCGUAAUGGUACAGCAGGCACUACCGAUACUUCAUCAGGUUCCGCAUCUCCUAAUUCAGCAGCAACCGGGACUUCCACAGGUUCUACGUCAAGCACUACCCAGGUAGUCAGUGCGACCCAGAGCAGGUCAACUUCCGGCAGUGCUACCACAUUAGCACUUCCAUUCUUGGCCAACAUUGUUACUUUGGCCGCUUCUCUAGGCUUGUAUUCUCUGUUUAGUCUAUGA